UUAAAUAUCAAACAUCAUCAAUCAAUACACAUCAAAUACAGAGAAAUAAAUUUUACACAAAAUGUUCGGUGACGAUCGUCAUAAAAGUGAUCUCAAGCACGAAUGUGAAUUGGUAGUCAAAGAUAAUGUUACUUAUCGCUAUAUCGACCAUGGAUUGUUCGUUGGAUUACGUCGUGCAUUCCGGAAGAGACUGCUAAUCGACGAGUCCAAUCCACGCAGCCGCAGUUUUUACAAAUCUUCUUUUAUCAUGACGAGAGAAACAAUCUAUCAUUUGAAUUUCUAUUAUUUCAUGAUACAUCCAUUCAGCUCGUUUCGAGAAUUCUGGGAAUGUUUACAAAUAAUUGUAAUCCUGUUUCAACUAACCCAGAUACCUUUUAAUUUAUUACUCAUUACUAAUCCGCCGCCAAGAUAUCUCACUGUUCUUCCAGACCUUUGCACAAUUGCUGAUAUUAUUGUGACGUUCAACACAGGAUAUGUUCACAGUCAAGCAAAUUGUGUUAUUUUAAAUCGAAGUCGUGUUGCUAAGCACUACAUUCUAACAACUUUCCUGUGCGACUUAUUAUCUUUGAUAAGUUUGGAUUACAUCGUGAUGAUGAUACAUGGAAGUGCCUACCUGGAGAAUAUUCCUUUCUACAAUCAUUUAGAGUUUGUAAAUGUUUCAAAAUGGCUGCGCUUCUUCGUAAUGUGGCUCUAUCUUAACAGAUUAAAAGAAUCAAGACAAAUCAACAUUUUUGCCAUGGGUGUAAUAAAAUUAAUCGCAAGCAUUACCCUUUUAAUAAUGUGGAUUUGCGCGUUGAAUUAUGUCUCAACAUACAGCACAGCAUGGCAUGACAAACAAGAUGCAACAGCAGCAUCAUACACUGUAUAUAAUAUUUUCGGUGAUUUAUACAUUCAACAUGUCCGCAAUAUGGUGCUUAGCGCAUUCCAUUUACUUUUCCUCAUUGGUACCCGUGAUCCACCUGUAAACUUGGGCGUCCUCAUAGCGCAGAUGAUCAUGAUGCUAGUGGGUUUCAUCUUACAUCUCUUGGUACUCUGUCAGAUGAUGCAAUAUGGGACCAGGUACAAUUCGUCUUGCAAGUACCAGCAAUCUGUGAAGCAGCUCACUGAUUACAUGCGGCAUAAGUCACUUCCGCCGGCACUACAGACCAAGCUACUUAAAUAUUACGACUUCCGGUAUGAAUUGAGUUACUAUCAAGAGGAUCAUAUAAUGAAAAUUAUGGGUCCGCAACUACGACAGGAAGUGAUGUUGCAGUCGCAUAUGCAUUUCUUUGCAAAGUUUCCAUUGUUUGAGAUUAUUCCGUUGGAUGUUUUGUUUGGUGUUAUUAUGAAGAUGAAGAUUUCUUGUUACAUGCCAGCAGAUACAAUUAUUGCGGCUGGGGCAAGGAACACGGCGAUAUUUUUUAUCAACUACGGAUCGAUUGCUAUUUAUACUAUAUCAGGGAAAGAGUUGAAGCAUUUGGCUGAAGGUGAACAUUUUGGGGAAUUGGCUUUGAUGGGUGAUACUAAACACAAUUCGGAUACUAUAAUUGCAAUUGAUUGCUGUGAGAUAUAUGUUCUUGAUCGGAAGCAUUUUAUGGAUGAGAUUUCUCAACGUCCUGAAGUCUACCUCAGAGUGACACAGUAUAUGAGCGAGUAUGUCGCAAAGUAUUAUCAUGAUGAUGUGGAUUUGUACACGGAUGCUGGUAGUAUAAAAUAAAUGUGUAUUUUAAGGUUUUU